CUAAUAUUUUUCAAAUGAGAAAAGAGAAAUAACAGAAAAUAAAAUGGCUAAAACGGGUAGUUCCUCCUCUUCGUCGCACUCCGAUAUAUUGAACAUUCGAUUUUCUUCCACUUAACACAGCGACACGCAGUGAGCCAGCAUUUGCUGCGUCUCCACUCUUCCUUCUCCUCCGUCGCCAGCGAGGGUUUCCGAUCUCACUGAACAGGAGCAACGAAUCCUUCUCUUUAAUUGUUGCACUUAGGGGCUUUAAGCCACCUGUCUUGCUGCCUUACUGUUGGUGAUUCCUGAAUUGCAAUUGGGUCAAGAUGGUUGUUCUUGCAGCUUCUAUUAUAAGUAAAUCUGGAAAAGCACUUGUUUCGAGGCAGUUUGUGGACAUGUCUCGUAUAAGAAUCGAGGGGCUUCUUGCAGCUUUCCCCAAGUUGGUAGGAACUGGAAAACAACAUACAUAUGUUGAGACAGAAAAUGUGCGAUAUGUUUACCAGCCUAUUGAAGCCUUAUAUUUGCUAGUAGUAACAAAUAAACAAAGUAACAUUCUUGAAGAUUUGGAGACUCUGAGGCUACUGUCAAAACUUGUACCUGAGUAUUCUCCCUCUCUAGAUGAAGACGGUGUUUGCAAGGCAGCUUUUGAACUUAUUUUUGCAUUUGAUGAAGUCAUCUCCCUGGGUCACAAGGAAAAUGUAACAGUAGCUCAAGUUAAGCAGUAUUGUGAGAUGGACAGUCAUGAAGAAAGAUUGCACAAACUGGUACUGCAGAGUAAGAUCAAUGAAACCAAGGACGUUAUGAAGCGCAAAGCUAGUGAAAUUGACAAAAGCAAGAUUGAAAAGAAUAGAGGUGAUAAAGGAGGCUUUAUGUCCCUCCAAUCAAUGGGUUCUGGUAGAAUCGAGAGUACCUUUAGUGAUAUGAGCAUAUCUAGUGGUGGAGGUGGUUUUGGAAGUGGUUCUGGGUUUGGAUUAAGCACUGAUGUUGACUCCUUCUCUAGCAAGUCUAAAGGUCGUCCAUCUGCAUCUGCCACUGCUCCUCCGAAAGGUCUUGGAAUGCAGCUUGGUAAGACACAAAGAACCAAUCAGUUUUUGGAAUCUUUGAAAGCUGAAGGUGAAGUGAUUAUUGAGGAUUCAAAACCAAGUGCCGGGCCUCGGUCAGCCGCUCCACCACUGACUGAUCCAAUCACAUUGACUGUUGAAGAGAAGCUUAAUGUGACACUGAAGCGGGAUGGUGGGGUCAGUAACUUUGAUGUUCAAGGGACCUUAUCACUCCAAAUUCUUAAUGAGGAUGAUGCAUAUAUCCAAGUUCAGGUUGAGACGAGAGGGAAUUCAGGGAUUUUAUUCAAGACCCAUCCUAACAUUAACAAGGAGUUGUUUUCCAAUGAAAAUAUUCUAGGCCUCAAGGAUCCAAACAGGCCUUUUCCAAUUGGUCAAGCUGGUGACGGUGUUGGGCUUUUGAAGUGGAGAAUGCAGACUGUGGAUGAGUCAGUCGUGCCAUUGACAAUCAACUGCUGGCCCUCUGUAUCCGGGAAUGAAACUUAUGUCAGCAUCGAGUAUGAGGCUUCAUCAAUGUUUGAUCUGCGGAAUGUCGUGAUUUCAGUGCCUCUUCCAGCUCUCCGGGAAGCCCCAAAUGUCAGGCAGAUUGAUGGGGAAUGGAGGUAUGAUUCUAGAAAUUCCAUUUUUGAGUGGUCAAUACUUCUCAUUGAUAACUCUAAUCGCAGUGGGUCAAUGGAAUUUGUUGUUCCUCCGGCGGAUUCAUCUGCAUUCUUUCCUAUUUCUGUGCGUUUUACCGCCACCAGUACAUUCAGUGAUCUCAAGGUUCUCAAUAUCUUACCACUGAGAGGUGGACCUCCUCCUAAGCAUUCUCAGAGAACGCAGCUUUUCACAGAGAAUUACCAAGUGGCAUGACUGGUUAUUUUGUGGAAGAUGCGUUUUUGACAUCUUAUUUUGUGAUGCUUUCUGUUUAAACCACCAAAACGGUUGUUUCAUUUCUUUUUUAUAUUUUGUGCUUGAGUCAGUUUUUCAGAUCCAGCUACGGUGGAGAAAAUCAAUGUUUUGUUUCUUAUUAUUUGACUUUUUAUUUAGGUUAUUUCUAUCGUUUGCAACUUAGAUUGCAGUCCUCGGGAGCAUGCCUACUGUUUACUUCUUUAUAAGCAGAAGAGUUGAAUAGUUCAUCUUAAACACUCAAUGAUAUAUUUUGGAGUGAAAUAAAAGUAGAAUGAAUGAAAAA